AUGGCAUUCAUAAGUUGGCAUCUAUGGAAAGACAGAUGCAGCUUUGUUUUCAACAACAAGCACUCAACUCCUCAUACGACUAACUCUUUCUUAACAGAUGCUGAAUCUGUGUGUAGGCCUAGUAACCAUAUUGUUGUUGUCACUACUGUGCAUAGGUGGUCUCCUCCUACAAGACACUUGAUUAAAGUUAACACAAAUGCCUAUUAUUGCCACGUUUUUAAGAAUGGAGGAUAUGGACUAAUAUUUCGUAAUUCUACAGGUACACAUUUAGCAUUUGCAUGUGCGAACUUCAGGGAAGCAUCAGGUCCAGAACUCUUGGAAAGUCUUGCUGCUAUGGAAGCUGUUAAACUUGCAUCGCAGUUGGGAUUUAAGAAGAUCGUUAUUGAAGCUGAUUACGUAUGA